AUGUCUUCAACCGAUAGAAACCAUAUUGCGAUGAUUCACCCGCACUUUGCUGCUUCGUCCCAUCAAUUUCAAUGUUUGAUGUUGGUGGAAAAUCACAUCGAGCAAAACGAGAGAAAAUUUCUUCAUUUUUUUUCUUCAUUUUCUUCGAGCGAAUUGUUUCUUACGGCUGCUGAUGAUGUGCCUUCCCCAACUCACACCACAUUUGGACAAAUGAGAUUCAACACCCACAAACCCGUUAGCAAGCUAAAAACUGAACUUUUAAAAUUCAUUGCAGUGGAAGUGUUUCCGUGGUUACGUUACGAACACAUGUUAAGAGGUAGCCAAAAAAAUGUUUAA